GUGUGGACUCGGACGACUCUGGGGACGAGGACCGUGUGGGACUCAGUCUCAAACAUGUCCACGCUGCUGCUGGUCCUGCUCGGCCUGCUGUCCCUCAUCCUCUGCGUCCUCCGCGGCCGGAACAGAAGAGAGGACGAGCCUCCGCUGAUUAAAGGUUGGAUUCCUUACAUUGGGAAGGCUCUGGAGUUUGGAAGAGAUGCCUAUUCAUUUCUUGAAGAACAGAAGAAGAAGUUUGGAGACAUAUUUACCGUGCACAUAGCCGGUAAAUACAUGACCUUCAUCAUGAACCCUUUAAUGUAUCCAAGCAUCAUCAAACAUGGCCGGCAGCUGGACUUCCACGAGUUGUCCGAUAAGGUGGCGCCCUUGGUGUUCGGUUACCCCCCCGUCAUGAGCAGGAACUCACCCGGCCUGCACGAUGAGAUCAUCCGCACUUUCCAGUUGCUCCAGGGUGACAACCUCACAGCGCUCACAGAGAGCAUGAUGGGUAACCUCAUGCUGGUGUUUCGUCAGGACCACCUGGCUGAGAGGCCAGGGGAGGAGGACGGCUGGAAGAGCAGCAGCAUGUACGAGUUCUGUAACUCCGUCAUGUUCGAGGCCACCUUCCUCACCAUCUACGGCAAGCCAGCGUCUGCCAGCCGCCACAGCGAGAUGAGGACGCUGAGGGAGGACUUUGUCAGGUUUGACUCCAUGUUUCCACUGCUCAUUGCUCAGGUCCCCAUUAGGCUGCUGAGGCAGACCAAGGUGAUCCGCGAGAAGUUGAUCAACUACUUCCUGCCGCACAGGAUGUCGUGUUGGUCGAACACUUCACAUUUCAUCAAGAGACGAUCGGAGCUAUUGGACCAGUACGACACACUGAGGGACGUCGAUAAAGCAG